CCCUUGAGAACGUGAUCAACUACCGGCCUGACUAUGGCUCGAAGGGCUAGCUUCCGUGGUGAAGUCAAGGAAGGCACUUUGGGGUAGGUUGAUGGGGGAGGUCCGGGCUAUCAUGGCAGAAAUAAUGUACCCCUCUCACCCGGGCUGCGGUAGCCUCGCCCCGAGAUUGGUGCCGUUUGUCAGAGGAGCUCAGAAUCCGAAUCGAUUGCGGUUUGCAUCAACCGAUUUGUGAUAUCUUUCUGCACAUACAGCGGCCAGCGGUUUGCCGUGUUCAGCGAAGUAUCAAGUAGCGGCGAGCCGGGGGAGGGAGCAAUCUGCGACCGUAUCACUGUCGGACCAUUUAUUCAGGGGGAAGCCAAAAUUCGAAUCUGCCACGGAAGUGAAAUCUCUUUCAAAAAGAGCAAGACAAGGAGCCACGCAGCAAAAUCACCAUGGAAGAAGCCGGCGCCAACAUUCCACCCAUCAAAGUCUACCCAGACAAAUAUGCAGGCCAGAUCGUCGUUAUCGAUGGCGCUGCCCAGGGCAUCGGUGAGAUGACCUCUAAGCUCUUUGCUUCUCAAGGCGCAACGGUAGUCAUGGUGGAUAUUCAGGAAGACAAGUUGAAGAGGGUCAAAUCUGCAAUCGACACCGCUGGUGGCGGUAGAGCCGAAUAUCGCAUUUGCAAUGUCGGAAGCGACACCGAGGUCAAUGCCUUGAUCGAGGACGUCGUCGGCACGUACGGCAAAAUCGACGUCCUGAUUCAUUAUGCCGCCGUAUAUCCGUUCAUUCCACUCCUCGGACACUCGACAGAAGACUACAGGCGCAUCAUGAAUGUCAACAUGGACGCGGCCUUUUUCCUUGCUCGUGCAGUCUUGCCACACAUGCAAAAGGCCGGUUACGGGCGAAUCAUCAACACAUCCUCGGGAACACUCCAGUUGCCCGAUAGGGGUCUUUCCAUCUAUGUCGCUGCAAAGUCGGCAAUUCUGGGCUUCACACGAUCUUUGGCGGUAGAGGCUGGACCGGGAGUCACUGCUAAUAUCAUUCUUCCGGGCUUGAUCAGAACGGAGGCGGUCUGGAACAAUCACGUUCAGCCCGAUGGAUCGCAUCGCCUGUUUGACAUGCUGAUUCAAAAACAGUGCGUCAAGAGGCAUGGACGACCCGAGGAUAUCGCUCACACGGUCAACUUCAUUGCCAGUCCCGAGGCACAAUUCAUCACAGGUCAAAUAUUCGAUUGUGGAGGAGGAGCAACCUUCCAUUGAUAAAACAUGCAGCUCGAUG